GCUUGACGAAUAUUUCCAUUUCUGCCCUUUCCUCGCUUCCGCCCGCCGCCGCCGUCGACGCAGCCAUGGCGUCGCGGCGCUGCCUCCUCCGCCUCAUCUCGAGCCGCCUCGUCCCUCAGAGAUCUCAGCCUCUUGCACCGGUCUCGAUCGCAACCCGAACCCUGACAUCCUUGUCCGAGCCCGUUGCCCAUCCAGCUCCUCGGGCCCUUGCCUCCCCGCGGCUCUACUACCCCUCGCGUUGCCACUUGGCGACUCGCUCCUCCGGCGACGAGGAGGAUGGCGACGAAGAAGAGCACUACGACGACGAGGGGAGCGAGGGGGAGUGGGGGGAGGAGGAUGAGGCGGUGGCGGCGAAGAAACCGAGCGGGAAGACAGAGGAGGAGAAGGUAGCGGAGGCGGCGGAGAUCGGGUACAAGGUGGUGGGCCCGCUUGGGGCUGACGAGAAACCCUUCAAGCCCUACGAACCCGUCUUCGCUGUCGUACAGAUUGGCUCUCAUCAAUUCAAGGUGAGCAAUGGCGACUCCAUCUUCACGGAGAGGUUGAAGUUCUGUGAUGUAAAUGACAAGCUGAUCUUAAACCGAGUUCUCAUGCUUGGUUCACAAACUCAAACAGUUAUUGGAAGGCCAAUUCUUCCUGAAGCUUCUGUUCACGCUGUUGUUGAAGAGCAUGCCCUAGAUGCAAAAGUUAUCAUAUUCAAGAAGAAGCGGAGAAAAAAUUACCGGCGAACAAAGGGCCACCGUCAGGAAUUGACGAAACUGAGAAUAACCAACAUUGAAGGAAUAGAUAAGCCAGAGACUGUUGCCGUUGCUGCCUAAUUUUAGGUUGAAGAAGGAAGGAGCAGCUCCUUUUGUUUAUGUCAGCAAUGCCCAGGUAAAGUGAAAAAUGAAGCUGUCUCAGCAUUCCAAUGGCACCAUGCCAAUGUACUGAGCGGGUUGGGUGCUAUGGUGUGGAUCGGCUGUUGUAGCUUGCGUGACACUGAUUGUUUUUCUUCUUUUUUGGUUAUCUUUUCUGCACACAUCCUUUAUAAAUGUGUUCUGAUGCAUCAGUGCCAUGUUGACUUGUAGAACCAUGUAAUAAUGGAACCGCAGUGCUUCAUAACUCUUGCACUCAUGAUUUCAUGGGAGGAUUUGCAGCUUGCAAA